AUGUCGAGUGAAAGUGACACUGAUAAAGCUUCGGCUUCCACUCCAAAAAAGCAGCGCCUAGUAAGAGGUGAUUUGGUGAAAAAAGAGAAGCACCGAUUACAAAAAUAUAGAGUUGAGUGGGAAAAUGACCCAAUAUUUAGCAGGUGGGUUGCUCGUGACAAUUUUGAUGUAUAUAAAGCACGGUGUAAAGUAUGUGAAACAUCCAUAACGGCCGAUAAACAAGUUCUAGUGAAACACUCGGAAGGUAAAAAACAUUUGAAAAAUUUAUCUGUAGUACGUGGAUCCAAAUCAGUUACGUCUUAUUUUGCAAGUACAUGUAGUUCAUCAUCGGAAACAAACACAAAAAAAAUGGCUACGGUUGCAGAGAUCAAGCUGGCUGCUUAUUUGGCCGAACAUAACAUAGCCUUCAACGCAGCAGAUCAUCUGGGUAAACUGCUUAAAGAAUGUUUCAUAGAUUCAAAGGUCGCAAAAGAAAUUAAUCUAACUAGAAAAAAAUGUGCAAAAAUAAUAUGCAAUGUUAUAGCUCCUAGUCAUAAAACAGUUAUGGUGGUUAAGCUCACAAAUACAAAGUUUAGCAUCAUGACUGAUGAAUCCACUGACAUUUCCACCAACAAAACUUCAUGUGUAGUUGUCAGAUUUUAUGAUGAAACGGAAGGCAGAAUUAAAAGUCAAUUUUGGAAUUUGCAUGACAUUUUCAGUGACAAUGAUACUGAAACAGCAAAUACAGGAGCUACUGCUGGCAGAAGUUUGAACGAAGAUCAAGUUAUACAAUUGCUGGGCGAUGGAAACUUCUCCGACAUCGAAGAUUUUGAGGACGACGACGACGAAAUCCAACCCAGCACUUUCGAAAAUCUUCAGUUAGAUGAUCCAGAGCCUGAACCACAGCCGUCUGUAGCACCGGAGCCGGAACCGAUGCAAGAUACUCCUGGACCAUCACAACUAACUCCGCGCCCUCGAUCUUUACGGCCACCUUCUCGAAAGAGAGUUUGGAAGCAGAAAAUUUUGUAUUAUGUUGCCAAAGGCACGAAUUAA